CACACUUCGGCGGCCUGCCGCGGCCUUGGGCAACCACACAGGCGAGUCGGUGUCAGGCGUUGACAGCAGCGGCAGCACCCUCCAAAGCACCAAAGAUCCUGCCGUGGACUACGGCAUGUAUGCCGCUAGUGGUCAGCAGCUAGUGGUGGACAUUGAGGGCUACCAGCACGAAGUGGAGGUACACCACCAGGCGGCAUUGCAGGAGGGCGGCGAGACUGCCCCCUCUCGCGAAGAUGAGGCGGUGUUUGGCUUUGGUUUUGGGCUUGGCAGCGGCUUGGGCGAGGAUCUGGGAAGCGCUGCCCCACCAGACGCAUGUUUUGACGGCGGUUGGCGUGCGCCCCAGGAGUUGAUGUAG